UGAGGUUUCCAAGGAUUCUUUACAGAGGAUCCUGCUGCAGCUCGAAUGCCACUUCACUUGGAUGUUGCUGAAGGAGGACAUCACUCCCAAGGAGCUGGAGGAAAGGAUUGCAGAUCAGCUUGAAUUUUUACCGGCCGAAUCCAAAAUUCAAAAUUAUAACCUGCUAGCCUACGUAAACCAUUUGAACGGCAAGAAAGAAGCCACUCUGGAACAUUUACAGAAAGCUGAGGAGGCCGUGCAAAUAGAGUGCCCAAAGGAGGUUGAAAAGGCAAGUCUUGUUACCUGGGGCAACUAUGCUUGGGUGUACUACCACAUGGGCCAGCUUGAAAAGGCACAAGAGUACAUAAAGAAGGUGGAAUGCACCUGCAAACAAAACGGAAGUGCCUCUCCUUAUAAGAUGAAGCUCCCACGUAUCUACUGUGAAAAGGGGUGGGCACUCCUCAAAUUUGGGGCAAGCUAUUAUGAAAAGGCCAAGGAGAGCUUUGCAAAAGCAUUGGUGGAAGAGCCCCAGAACCCAGAA